CAGAGGAGUGUGUGGCUGAGGAAGAGGAGGAGGAGGAGGAGGGGGGGGGGGGAAAGGGGCCGUCGCGUUGCGUUCUGGACCAAGCAGCGCACAGGUUCAAGUGAUCAAGAGGAAUGAGUGACGGCAAUCAGUUAUCUGGUCCAAAUGAUAGCGGUCAAGGGACUCAUCAUCGCAGGAAGACUUGGAGCAUUCGGCUGGGCGACGACGGGUCGACGGCAGCGGGUGUCGCGGACGUAUACAGUCGCCGCACACUGCAAGGAGAGAAUCUCAGUGGUCGCCUCGAAUUCGACCUCCAGUUAUCACCAUCCAGACGCAGAGAUGGGCCUGAGGAUAGCUGGGGAGAAGGAGGAGGCGGAGGCGGAGGCGGAGGCGGCGACGGAGGAGGAGGGGUCCGGUUGACCAGCCCUGAGGUUGCCAUUGUGUUCCGAACAGACGGCAUUCAUUUUGGCACUGGGUGCUGUGGUGGUCCGCGACAGCUUGGACCCGGAUCAGAAUUUGGUCCUGGCUCUACUGCUCCCACUCCUGCCGGUCUUUCUGGGGUCGGACUUGCAUCUCUGCCUCAUCGCGGCACUGCCGUCGGCCCGAUCUUGUCAACCGAAGGGAGGCUAAGUCCUAGUGAAGCUGCCAAGCCAGGCGACAAGAACUGGGUCUCGAAAGAGCCCCGUGAGACUCUAGCUAGGUACACGCAGCGCUUUACCCACUUGGCUGAACGUUUUGGGAUGUAUGAGAAAAUGGUGCGAACCGAUUUUGUCUGGGGAUUAUUUGAUUCCCGAUUGCGGAAAAAGAUCCGUAAGAAAUGCAACCCAAUUGAACAUACCUUGACUGUGCUCAUUCAGUAUGCUAUCGAGUAUGAAAAAGGAAACUAUGAUGUGGGUUUGGAUUCGGAAUCCGACGACAAUGACCCAUCAGGUGUCCGACGCUACAACUAUUCCGCUACGACUCGGAUGUUCGAAGAUCGCUUCGGAUUAGGACCGACCAAGAAGAAUCCAGACCGUAGAGCCCCAUCUUCUUCCUCGGCCUCUCGACGCCCCAUUCAAACGCAAGGGGGACGAGACGUAGACGAACCCUCGAUGAAGGAGAUAGCUGCACAACUUGUGACGGUUGUGGCGACUUUAAUUGAGUUUGUUCAAAGCUUGCAGAGGCAAAGGGCGAUAGUGGCACAAAGACACCCAAUGGCUGCGACCGCAGGGGCGGCGCUGCCUCGGCCUGCUGUGGUCGGAGCUACUCAGUCUAUGCGAUGUUAUAAUUGCAAUCAGCUCAGACACUUGGCCAAGGACUGUCCGCGACCCCGGGCUCAGGUAGGGGUUGCUGGCCUGUCCCAGAUUUCGCUGACGGCUCCAACAGCUGCAGGACAAGGGCCGAUGGCGGCAGUUAUGGAUGCGGGGACCCUAGACAUGGUGGGCCCGACGGCCGUCGAAAUUGGGAUCGAUGAAUAUUUGGCGGCCGCCAUGCUCGAACUCGGAACCAUUGCCGUAAUCCGCCAUACCCCGCGGGUUACCGGCGAAAGCGACUUGGGACCGUGGAGACCCGGAUUCGAAGACCCCACGAUACCGGGUCUCGAGUACAAGGACGGCCAAAUCGAUGUACUAGAUGCCUUGAAGGCUUUGGAUCUGCGGAUACGAGUGCCUAUUCCCUACCUGCUGACCAUUUCGGAGGCUGCCAACGAGAAACUUAUUGAAAGAUGCCUGAAGAACCAGCGCCGGUUCGAAGAGGACCGAAGGGGUAAAAAGUUGGCGAUCAACGACCCAUCGGUGGUGGUCGAGGCUCAACCCUCAACUUCGAAAACCCACGAGGCCAACCGGGUCGGCAUGAUCCACGCCUUGGAUCCACCACCAGAGAAACGUGAGGUGUUUCUUCGGGUUUACCCGAUUACCUGGAAGAGUGUCGAGUGUGACUGCGAGGUCUGGGGAAGCCCUUCGGCCGCCAUCUUGGAUUUCUGGAUUGUCGGCCGUAGCUAUCUCUUGGAGUUUGAUGAAGCGUUUGGGUCGGGAGAAACAAUGGCAUUGGAGAAAAGCGAGUUUUUUAUGUCGGAAAUCUCCUUCUCGGGGUACAUCGUCACGGUGGAUGGCUUGAAACUAGAUCCAAGGACGAUGACCGUUGUACAAGAGGCACCGGUGUCGUUCACACUCGCUCAGCCGGAGAAGGAGGGCACGGUGGCAUUGUACCCAUUCGGGGAGAUCGAAAUGAGCAGGCCGGGGCUGCUGGAGCUCGUCCAUAUUGAGUUGCUGUCUAUUGCGCAAGUGAUCGCUAGCAAAGAGGAAGAUCUCCAACUCCAACUGGGAACAUCAUCGGCUCCACGACGAUCCUACCACGCGGUAGUUAUAUCGGACUAUAUCGCGCAAGAGGGAAAAAAGGUGGUUAGCAUCGUUGACAGGAAGUCGCGGCAGCCUCCCUCAUCCUAUGCCAAGCCAGCAGCCCCAAAGACUCUCAGGAAGACGCCCAAGAAGAGACAUCGACAGCCAUCGUCGGAGGCCCAAGAAAGUCGAGUGGGACUCGGAGAAGAGGUGGACCAGGCCGUGCGGGUGAGGAAGCCAGAUCCCGUUCCGGAGAGCAAGGCGACACCAAUCGAGGGACCUCCGCCGGGAGGAGCAGGGACAAGCAGUUUUCGGAUACGCCGGAGUCCUCCGGAGUCGGCACCACCACCGCCGCUCCUUCCCGAUAUUAAUCUUGAUGGAGCUGGUCUGUUAGCACCAGCAGGAGGAGUGGGAGGAGUACCAUAUCCCGCACCCAAAACCCCCAUCCUCGCAGGACCUUUCCGCUUCCGCCAGCCACCUAAGCUUUUGGUGAAGGGUUUCCCACGUUUGCACAUUCUUGUACACUCUUUUCAGCGCACCGGCACAUUUUCGUUAGGGUGCAAGCUCCGAAGGCUCACUAGGUUGGCAGAUGGAAUCCGGCACAAGGUCAUCGAAGGGAUAAUUUCUCCGAAAGCGGGAGAAUUGGAUGAACAGAGGUAUAGUGUUACCCAGCCAGACAGGCGGAGCCUUAGCCUUGGCCAUCGCUCCUCUGCAAGGGGCUCUUCUGCUGCUUUGGCAGUGGCUGCUCCAGAUUGGGAAGGGAGAGAAGGUGCAUCAGGACCAGAAAAACGAAGGGGAACAGAAAGGGGCCCAGGGAAGCAAUCACGCACAUCGCGUUCCGGAAGCUCUGCCCAAACUGGGGAUGUAUCAACCCGUGUGGCUCCUCCGUCUGUAUAUCAACGGGAUGAUGCUGACGAUGAGGAUGAACCUGGUCCAACAGAUGAUCCUGGAGGGCGUCGACUGACAUCUGUCGAGUUCCCGGCGGAUCUUGAUCGUGGGAGGGUUCAGGGCCGUGGCUCCACUCCAAAUUCUAUUCCGAGUCCUAGGGGGAGCGUUGCUACAGGUAGCACUCCUGGCUCUCCUAAAUUUCCUCCAAAUCCUACCGCUAGUACCAAGACUGAUGCCUGGCAGGGUGGUGAACAGUCAAGGCCUCCAUCGCGACUUGCUUAUCACUCCCGGCGUGGGACAGAGACUGAGUCUUUUCAGGUGGAAGAAGGGCAGGAUGGUGAAAUUUCGACACCACAACUUACUUACCCGUCCAGGCGUGUGACGGAGAGUGAGUCUUUCCAUGUGGCGGAGGGGCAGGAGGAUGUCCGCUGGCAUCCUAAUGCCAAGUUGUCAUUAGGAGGAAUCAGCGAUGUUGUAAGAGGGAGCAGGAUAACCCUUGGGCCUGGGGACCCUGAAGGGACACAGGCACUUGGGGGUGAAGUUGAGUUCAAUGGUGUGGCGAGUACAGAGGCAGGUUAUCCUCCAGGAAACAGCAGACAAGCAUCUGUGCGAGAGUUAGACCAAUUAGGACCAGGUUAUGGUGCAGUAAGCAGACACGCAUCUGUGAGAGCAUCACUGGGUCAGGUUGAUGGCCGUGGUGGGACACAGGCAAUUGGGGGUGAAGUCGAGUUCAAUGGUCCAGGAAACAGAAGACAAUUAUCUGUGCGAGGUUCUCAAGUUCGAUUUGACGGCUCCCAAGGUGACGUGCCAUUUGGCACUGGUGCCGAGUUUGAUCAGCCGGGACCAAGUUAUGGGCAAACAAGUCGACAUGCGUCAUUGCGAGGGUCCAGAGCUCAAGGGGAUAACCCUGGAGGCAAUGGACCAGGAGAUGCUGGUGCAGAGUUAGACCAAUUAGGACCAGGUUAUGGUGCAGUAAGCAGACAUGCAUCUGUGAGAGCAUCACUGGGUCAGGUUGAUGGCCGUGGAGGGGACAGACAAGCUGGAACUGGCUCAGAGCUGGACCAAUCAGCACCGGGUUAUGCUCCUACAAGCCGACAUGCGUCUGUGCGAGGAUCCCGUUUACAAGCUGACUAUUCCACAGGUGAUGGGCAGGGUAUAGCUCGUGCAGAGUUGGCGCCAGCGGGGUCGGGUAAUUUUGCAGGAAGCCGGCAUACAUCUGUGCGAGGGUCCCAGAUUCAAACUGAUAGUUUCGGCGGUGAUGGACCUGUGGGAUCAAGUGCAGAGUUUGAUCAAUUGGCACCAGGUUAUGCUCCUGCAAGCCGGCAUGCAUCUGUGCGAGGAUCCCGUGUGCAAGCUGAUAAUUCCACAGGUACUGAACCAGGCGUAACUGGUGCAGAGUUGGCCCCAGUGGCAGGGGGAGCGAGCAGACAUUCAUCUGUGCGAGGGUCCCAGGUUCAAGUUGAUAGUUUUAGAGGUGAUGGACCAGCUGCAUCUGGUGCAGUGUUGGACCAAUUCGCACAGGGUUAUGCUCCUGCAAGCCGACAUGCAUCUGUGAGAGGAUCCCAAGUGCAAGAUGGCAAUUCCACAGGCGAUGGACCAGACGUAGCUGUGGCAGCAUUGGCACCAGUGGGGCCAGGUCAUGUCACAUCAAGCAGGCAUACAUCUGUGCGAGGGUCCUGGGUUCAAGCUGAUAGUUCUAGAGGCAAUGAACCAGUUGGAUCGAGUGCAGAGUUGGACCAAUUGGCACCAGGUUAUGCUCCUGCAAGCCGACAUGCGUCCGUGCGAGGAUCCCAUGCACUAGCUGAUGAUUACACAGGCGAUGGGCAAGGUAUAGCUGGAGCAGAGUUGCCCCCUGCAGGGCCAAAUUAUGUUGCAGGAAGCCGGCAUACAUCUGUGCGAGGGUCCCAGGUUCAAGCUGAUAGCUAUAGAGGCGAUGGGCCAGGUAGAUCAAGUGCACAGUUUGAUCAAUUGGCAGCAGGUUAUGCUCCUGCAAACCGGCAUGCAUCUGUGCGAGGCUCCCAUGUCCAGGCUGAUUAUUCUGCAGGUUCUGUUCCGGCAACCAGACAUGCAUCCUUGCAAUUUUCCCAAGUUCAAGCUGAUGCUUCCAGAGAUGGUGGAUUGGGUGGAUCUGGUACCGAGUUGGGUCAAUGGGGACCUGGUUAUGGUCCAGCAAGCAGGCACACAUCUGUGCGAGGGUCCCAAGUUCAAGCUGGUGGCCUUGGAGCGGGCCCGGCUGGUGCAGAGUCAGGGCAAUUGGGGCCAGGUAUCGCUCAACCAAGCAGGCAUGCAUCCAUUCGAGGCUCUGGUGUCCAAGGUGGUGAUUUCAUAGGCAAUGAACCAGGUGUACCCAGUGCGGAGUCAGGGCAGCUGGGGCCAGGCUAUGGUUCCGCAAGCCGUCAUGCAUCCUUGCAAGGAUCCAAUCUGCAAAUCAAUGAUUCUGGAGGCGGUGGACCAGGUGUAGGCGGUGGAGAGUUGGAACCAUUUGGGCCAGGUUAUGGUCCAGCAAGCAGGCAUGCAUCUCUGCGAGGGUCCCAAGUUCAGGCUGAUGGUUUGGGAGGCAAUGUACCAGGUGGAGCUGGGACAGAGUCAGAUCAGCUGCAACCGGGUUUCAAUCCCUCAAACAGAAAUUCAGCUAUUGAUGGCCCCAGAGUACGUUUUCAUGAUUCUGCAGAAAAUGGACCAGGUGGAGCUGGUGCAGAGUUUGGGCAAUUGGUGCCAGGUUCGGUCUCAGGAAGCAGGCACCCAUCCUUAGAGGGUCCCAUGUUUCCAUCUGGUGGUCGUGGAGAUGGUGGGCCCAGUGCAUAUGGUGGGGAGUUGGGACCAGGUUAUGGUCCGGGAAGCAGACACACAUCAGUGCGAGGGUCUGUAGCUUGGGAUGAUGGCCCAGGAGGCCAUGGAAGAGAUGGGCCCGGUCCGGAGUGGGACGGAAUGGGACUAGGUUAUGAUCCAGCAACCCGACAUUCAUCGAUGCAAGGCUUCCAAGCUCAGGGUGAUGGUUCCAGAGGUGAUGGGCAAGACGCAGCGGGCGCGGAGUCUGCAUACUUGACACCAGAUGGUGUUCCUGGGAGCAGACAAGCAUCUAUGUAUGGGCCUGUGGUCCAAGCUGCUCCGGGUGCUCUUCGCUCAUGGGAAGGAGGAAGCAGUGGUGUGCAGGCGCCUUACACUGGAAGACACCAUUCACUUCCUGCUUUUCCUGUUGAAACUCAGGUUGGGAGGUCACAGCACGCAUACUCUGUCCCAAAUGUGCACUAUGGACAUGGUGGGCGUUCACACUCACAAAGUAAUGAUCAGAAUGCACACCAGCACUCUGCUGUGACUGGCUUGCAAGCUGGGCCUGACAGCCAACUGAUCGCACCAGAUCAGCAAAUGGUCAUGAGUGAUGGGAUGGACCCCAACACCAGUGGGCGAGAAUUUCCAGGUCAAGGUGUGGAAGGUACAUCUCAGCAGUCCAUGCCAGGGUUAAAUAGUAGAGAAGAGAUGGAUGCUCAAGUAUCCAGCCAUGCCAGAAUGAGCGUCGGCACUGGUUUCAAUGGAGAAGCUGUGCAAGUAAUUCAUAACCCUGCUGCCGAGUAUGGCUUGAAUGAGGAUAGGCGGGAGGCUGGUCCGAAAGACCCUUGUUUGUCGGCAGCUGCCAUAGAAUCUGGGGUUGAGUUGUUUCUAUUGGCAGCAGGGAAGUUAAGGGUAGCGGCCCAAGAGAUGCGUGCGGAUUUGGAGAGCAGCCAGUUUGAUGUUGUGCAUGAAAUUGCUACAGAGGUGAUAUCUAUUGUUGAAACUGUGGCAGUUGCUGCUUUAGAAGUGGCAGAUGGGCGCGUUCGACUGACAAGGACAGAAGACGGAGGGGACUAUUGGGGAGCCAGUGAUGUCAACGGCGACCAAGUGAUGGAGGAGGCCUUGACGGGGCCAGGUGUUGUUGAUGAUUUCACUACGUCAGGAGAAAGGGGAGUAGGAUCACGUUCAUUUUCUGUGCCAGUGGGGGGAGGAGGAGCUGGAGGACGCAUGUCAAGGUUGUCGAGCACUAAGCUUUUGCAGGCUCUGACGAAUAGGGCUUCCCAACGGACAUCCCAGCUACAAGGAGGAGGUCUGGCACUGCAAAUGAACACGGAGUCUGACGGUAAUGGCUUGCAGAGCCAGGGAGUUGUGGCGAAGAGGGAGAAUCUGGAGAGACAGUCACUAGCAAGAAUUCCUGAGUGGGAUGAUGAUCCAUAUGAUUUGGUUGAGGAAGAUCUGGUGUGGGAGGAAGGAAGAAUAGGCAAUCAGGUCCAUUCCAGACAGACCAGCAUGCUCGCAAGUCAGCGGAAUGACAGACGGAAGUCGACGAUAAGCCCUGGCGUCUUAUUACGGCCUUCUCAACUUAUGCAUCCAGAUGCAGAGGAUGGGCCACAAGCUGGUGCUCAGGAAUCAGCAGACAGUGGGCGGAGGUCCGUGUAUUCAACCGCAGAAGACGCUGCCCUGGACAGGAGGAGCAGUGAGGUCCCGGCAUUUCCAAUGAGAGGUUCAACUUCAAUGCAAAUUGCUGAUGGUAACUCGGUUCACGACCCUCAUGAUGGUAGAAUCAGCAGUAGAUCUUCACUGGCUACCGGACUCUUGUCCGGCAUCGUCAAUGAGGUCGCAUACCUGGAUGAUCCAACAGGGAAGCGGGCAGCCUCUCGGAGCCAGUCUGUAUUCACAGCCUCUCAAGGGCAAAAUCUCAGGGGCGGAGGAGGGGCCCCUUUGUUUCGCUCGAAGUCAGAAAUGAUAUCAUCGGGAAUGCUGCCAAGUGCUGGCGGCCAUGAUCUUGCUGCAUAUCCUUCACAAAACCUCCCGAGCUGGCAGCCUUCAAGCCAAGAAAAGAAAAGACAAUCGUCAGCAAAAAGAGCAUCUUCUGCACUUUAUGAAGAACCGGAGGUCCCCCUGAGUUCCAUACAGCGUUCUUCCAUGAUGUCCGACACUGAGGAUGAUGGCAGAGACGGAAUUGAUGAGAGGCCAUUGAGAGCUGCAAACAGCAUCAACCUGGGGAACACAGAAGUGGAUCGCCGAUCAUCUGCAAGAUCAAAACGGUCACAAUCCGGAUUGCUGAACUCAAGAUCACCAAGUGUAUUUGUUGCAUCGCAAGGUGGCCAUCGAUUGAGUGGUGCCCGGAGCAGCAGCAUAGGGCGGCAGCUGUCUGCAGCUCAGAGCAAUGAACCCCAGUCUGUCCACCCGUCCACGUUUGCGGAUGAGCCUGAGAAUGGGAGCACUGGAGCUUCUAUCUAUGGGCAGCAGGGAAGUGCUCAUGACCGCAGCAAAGCCAUGGCAGGUAGAGAGCGUCCGUUUAAGAGUGUCCCCAAUGUCACAUUUGCAAAGGAAAUCCUACGGCGAAGGCAUACAGAGGCACUGGACCCACGCAUGUCAAGAAGAGUGCCAGCUGAUGACAGCGAGAAUUCAAUGGGGUUGGAUCCAAGGACAGGUAAACUGACUCGGUUUACUUACGCGAGCAUCAGGGAAGAUUUGGGGGAGCAAGAGGAAGAUAGAAGAAGGGAAUUGGAAAGAGAGGACGAUGAGAGGAGAAUGGACGAGAGAGAUGAGCAUGAGAUAUGGCCUGAGGAUUCCAUCAUUGAUGACCUUAUCAAUGAGUUAGUGCCCAGUAUUCCCGAUCGUGCUCUCUCCCUUUCUCCAGAGGAGUGGCAUCAGCAGCAGCAGGAGCGAAGCAAGCCAGGUGCAGAUGAGACUGAGUACGAAAUAUCCAGACUAGUCUCUGAAGAUGAGAUGCUGGAUAUGGAGGAGUUCAAGGAUGAUUCAGAUGUACGUGGCAAGAGGGAAAAUGCUUGGAUUCAGAAUGGACAGAGACAGAGUACUUCAUCGGCUGUAAGUAGGCCAUCUCAGAACUUGGGUGUUGAACAGGGCCGUCCUGACAGGCAUUCGCGUAGAUCAAAUGCUUUGCGGUUCUCCAGGGCUAAGUCCAUCAUGGUGACAUCAGGAGGAUUGAAGAAUUUGAUGGAAUCCAACGGGAGCGGCCCAAUGCUCACAGGAGGGGGAUCUCCAGGGAGGCAGGUCUCUAUGACCACACAGUCAAUAGACUCUUUGAUAGAUGAUUUGAUGCCACAAUCACGGAAAGCUUCUAUGGCACAGAGACGAAGUGAGAUGUCCAGCAGGAAAGGAUCAGCCGUUGAGUAUGCCGAAGUCUCUCAAUCGGCACGGAGCCAGUUGCAGGGCAAUGGUGACCAGGAAGAAGGUGGUCAAGGAGAUGGUAGACAAAGUCGGAAAACUUCAAAACAAAGCAUCAGCUCUUCAGUGCCGACGGGGAGAAAGGACAGCACUGCACCUAGCGAAUCGGGCCCAGGCGCUGCGGCAACUGUUCAGCGUAGGUCCACCAUACCGACGUGUGAGAUGAAAAUUGACGAAAUGCCCGCAGAGAUGCUGAGCGGUGCAACAAUUGAAAGAAGGUCAAGUGAUUCAUUUACAGAGAGGAGGCCGAGCAGAGCACCUGAUCGAAGGGAGAGUGACACCAUGACGGACCGCAGAGUAAGUGAUGCCAAGACUGGCCACAGGCAGAGCAACCCUGUGAUCGACCAGAGGGGUAGCAUCGCCAUGACUGCCGGGAGGUAUAGUGAUGAUGCUGUGAUGGACCGUAGGCAGAGUGAUGCCAUGAACGGCCGGAGGCAAAGUGAGUUUGUGAAUGACCAGAGGCAUAGCUUUGCCACGACUGACCGGAGGUAUACUGAUGCUAUGCCUGACCGGAGGCAGAGUGAUGCUGUGACCGACCGUAGGCAGAGUGAUGGCAUGGGUGACAGGAGGCCAAGUGAUGCUAGGACUGGCCACAGGCAAAGUGAUGUCGUGAUUGACCAGAGGUAUAGCAUUGCCAAUACCUCUGACCGGAGUUAUGCUGAUGCCACGCCUGACCGUAGGCAGAGUGACGCCUUGACUGACCGUAGGGAAAGUGACGCAAUGGCCAGUCGAAGGCAGAGUGAUGCCGUUACUGACAGGCGGCGGAGUGACACUGUAAGUGAUCAGAGGUAUAGUGAGGCCGUCAGCGGCAGGAAAUAUAGUGAUGCGAUGACGGACAAAAGGUAUAGUGAUGCCAUGCUGGACAGGAGACAGAACAGCACAGUCUCUGAUUGGGCGCAGAGUGACACAAUGACAGACCGAAGGCAGAGUAAUGCAGUGACAGACCGAAGGCAGAGCAAUGCGGUGGUGGAGCGGAGGCAAACGGAGGUGAUGAGCGAUCGGAGGGUGAGUGAGGCAACAACGGACCGGAGGCAGAGCGGUGUGAGCAGAACCGACAGAGGUUUGAGCAGAGCCAACACAGGCAGGCCAUCCACUUCAUCAACAAUUUACGGUGGUGUCAUGGAUAGGGGGCAACGAGAACGGCGAGAGAAAGAGGUGGAAGCGGAAGGGAGUUACAGCUUCUCAGAUGGAAGGUUAGAGGAUGUUUCAGAGGAGGGAGGAUUUGAAGAGCUGUUUCAAUGAACUAGUGUGUUGGACUUGUCAGUGGUAGACGAACUACAGAGAGAUGCUGUGUUGACUGCUUUCUGCACCAUUGCAGGCUGCAGGAGGGGCCUGGAGUCCUCUGUGGGCUAUUUGCCUUCUCAUUUUGCUGAUGGUUUUCUUAUGUUUACUCUUGUCAGUGUUAAUGUGGUUUUCGUUCUGGUUGCUCUGGCAGCUGUCGCUGCUGUUGUUGCUGUUAUUGUCCUUGCUAGUGGGUUGGUUAUGCCAUGCCAUCCAUUAGUCGGCAGUUGUUGAGUCAGUAUGAUUUGCCGCCAUUGUUGACCAAGUCAAAUGCGAGCUUCUUUAGGACCUCCUUUCAGUCAAAUGUAUAGUUAUUGCUAUACAUGUAUAUCUUAGCAAAGUUACCCACCGGCCCUUUGUUGCAGAGUUGUAUGGGACCUUUUUCCACGGUUGGCUGUGUGCAUAUGGUUGGGUGUUAAGGGGAGUUAGGAAUAGCGGUUUAGGAUUCCGGGCAUUACAGAGGAGGGGGGCGUGGAUUGGGGUAAGUUAAAACAACGAAAAAGAACAAAGCUGAUGACGAAGGGCCCAGGGCUGCUGGGCCAUUAUGGUUGCUUGUGUGAAGUUGUGUCAACAUGCUAUGUAACUCUUCAUUUUCUUUGUACUACCAUUUCUUAUCCUCAUCUUGAGCGAUUUAUUACGUAUUCAAUCAAUGAGCAAUCCAUCU